UUUCCUCAACUUAAACAUCUUAAGUUUUCAGAUUCAUAGCAGGGUUUCCUUUUCCUUUUUCCUUUUCUUGUUCUUGUUCUUGAUAUUAUGUCUACUUCAUCGGAAAUUGCUGAUUCCGGUAGAUUUUCCGGCCAGAAUAUGCCGUCCAGAGCUCCGGAGAAGUCCAGCUUCUCCCAGACUUGUAAUCUGUUCUCUCAAUACAUGAAGGAAAACGCCACUUUCCCAGAUCUAACUCUUGGUAGGAGGACAACACCAUCAACUGCCACCAUGAAUCUUUUCCCGAUGGCUGAAACCUCACCGACGCCUGUCCAGCCGCAAACCACCGCCGGACAGAAUCAAUCAAGACCGAUGACUAUCUUCUACAACGGUCAGGUCAUCGUGUUCAAUGAUUUAGCGCCUGAGAAGGUUAAGGAAAUCUUGAUGUUAGCUGGGAAAGGAGUUCCUCAGAAGCCCACAAAACAAGAUGAAGUUUCGAAUAGUAUCGUGCAUGAUAGCAUCAAGAUUCAACGUCCUCAGCCUGUUGUUGCAGAUCUUCCGAUAGCAAGAAAAGCUUCCCUCGCCAGAUUCUUGGAGAAGAGGAAAGACAGAAUUACGGCUCGAUCGCCAUACCAAACGCAAGGUGAUUCAAAGCAAGAAGAUAGCAAGACGUGGCUGGGACUCGGUGCACAAUCACACAUCCAAUUUCAGCUGCAACAGUGAUAAUAACGUACGAGUGUUAUCAUAUUUAAAGAUGGUUCAACGAAUCGCUCAAGCAUGUUAAUUACGUUUAGGAUCGAUGAUGUUUUAUAAUCAUGUUCUUUUUAACGGAUGUCCGGUUUAACUACAGAAAUUUCUAACCUGUUUUUGCGUCUUUCUUGGCAUGAGAGACGUAUUGUAAUAGUAAUAGUUUUACAUGUGAUAUGGGGUUAAUGGAGGUAUACUAUUAUUCUUUAAAA